CGUCACGCUGCAGACAAGUAGCGCUACCAGCCUGUGGAUCCCACUAGUUAGCUAGCUGAAGCUGAGAGACGUGCCUUUAUGUUUGACUUUCAUCUGGAUGCUAUGUUGCACAGUCACGCUGAGUUUUGAUUAGUGUAUGAUUUUUCUUUUUAUUUUUUUUUUUUACAAUUUCUGACUCCUGCGUUACCUAAAUGUCAGACCUGGAGAUGCCACCCAGAGCACAUGGGGCCGGAGUCUUCUUAGAGCUGAGGAAAAGGCUGCAGAGUGGACUGCUUAUUGUCGGGAAAGAUGUGGCCAGAAGUCAUGCAGAUGUGGUCGUGACCGGUGGAGAUUCCUCUCUCCACAUCAAGACUCCCAGAGGCGAGCUGAGCCUGACUUUGCCAGCAGGAGUCACCUUCGAGCAGGGGUCCUGCACGCCAACACCUGCGGGAGAAUCCUGUGGAGAGGAGCUGCAUUUCAGACUUCGCAUUGGUGUCACGCGAAACCCAGACGAAGAGACUUCUGACAGCGUGAUUGAGACACUCCAGGCGAAGGAGACUUAUUGCUUCCACUGCCAGGGCUGCAUGACCAGGCUGCUGGAGGACAGAGAGUUUAAGCGAGUCCUUCCUCUCCCUAAUGGCAACUGGAACGCCAUCGUGGACGACUGGUGUUGCCACCCUGAUCCGUUCGCCAACAAGAAGCUUUUGCCCAGAGCGGAGGAUUGUUUGCUAGGUGACACCUUCCUCAUGCUAGCCAAAGAUGGCGGCUGUGAACAGACUCUCACUGAGGAGGUGAGCCCGGUUGGCUCAGAGGACAGUCACGAUUCAAAGAAAACGUGCCGCCGACUGGUACUUGUCUCCUGCAAGAGCUGUUCGUUGGUGCUGGGAGAGGCUGUAGCACCAGGGACACUGAAACUGUACAUCACACAGGUGGUGGUGGAGCCCGCUGUUGGAGACAGAAAGCCAGAAGCUUCACUUAACAGAUCGCUCUACCUGGAGCAGACUGUAGCAGCCAGGCUGUUGGAGCUGUCCACCUCAAUGAGCACCUUCCACUUCUCCAUCCAAACUCCUGAUGAAAAAGCCUUCUUAUUGGUCUGGCUGCUGAACAGCGACUCCAUCACGGCGUCAGUCCCGGAGACGUGCGUCGGCGGUGAAGGGUCCCUCGGCUCCCCGGCUCUUCACGGUCCAUCACCCAGAGCUGCCAGAGCCCUGAAGCUCCUCUAUACCUCCUGCUCCGACACCGGCACCCAGCAGAGAGACAUCGUAUCUAGUUGGGAGGCCAAUGCCAUAGGACAUCCCGUGGUGCUGCCGCUGAAGGUGUGUGAGGAGCUGCUGCAAGUGAUAGAUGACAGCAACUCUACACUUCCUGCCUCUAUGCGAUGCAUGAGGUCCUAUGAGGUGGCGUACCUGAGACUGUGAGGUCAAAGGGCCGAAGCCAGGCGGUCAAGACUCCACUCAUCAUUCUUGGAGAAUUCGCAAAGAUCUUGGACAGCUGAGAGGGGAACUUUCGUGAACAAGGACUAUAUGCUUGUAUACGUUCAGGUGACAUCCUGCACAGUUUUCCAGGAAGUAUGAAAUUGCUGCAGUGAGAAAACACAGCGAGCCUGGAAUAGUUUCUUCAGUCAAAUCGAGUUGUGGUUAUCGGUUUUUGCCACUGUCAACAUGUUUGGUAGUGUGUCAUCACCUACAAGCAGAUUCACGUUGAAACAGGUUGCUGCGACGCUUCUAAAUGUUAAAGCAUCUCCAGUGAAUGCAAAACUGGAAGAGAAUGACAACACCAUCAACAUUGUUUAACAUAAAAUAGAAAGUUCCUUCUCUUUGUAGUUGUUUAUACUUUUUUAUCCCAAUGUAUGAUUAUAUCCAAAUGUAUCAUAGCUGUUCAAAAGCAUGUGUAUGUGUACAUUGUAUGUUUUUCCCUUCCUAAGCUUUAUUUUGUAUUUCUCUUACCAUUCUCAACAAAAGCAGAUUAAACUUUUGUAUUUUUUAAAGAAUCACCUCUUCUUCUCUUUUCUGCUGGAGAGCACUGCUGAUUCAUAUCUGGGACAUUGUUCUUGAGUUGGCCCUUUUAUGAAAGCUUAUUAUAGAGGCACUUCAGCCCCAGGGUACAGCAGUCCAUCCUCCACUUGAGUGUAAUUGCAACUUGUGAAGCUAGGUGAUUUUUUGUCUAGUUUUUGUCUAGGUUUAUUUGUGCCAAUGAUUGAUGGUGUUUAUGUAACGUGCGUGGUAGCGAGAAUCAUUGGGAAAAGUGUAUGGUUAAACACUCUUCACCUUCUAAUGUUCAUCAUGAUGGUUGGUCAAGUAGCUCUUACAAUAUGUCAAAGUACUUUUUACACAUUAGUGGUGUGAAUCUAGGGAUGGCAAAGUCUGUCUGUUAUUUGGUCAGUCCAACACCAAGACAAAGACUAUAAUAUCUCAAACUAUUGAAUAUGCUGCCAUCCAUUUUUAUUCAGAUAUUCAUGGUCCCCAGAAGAUGAAUCCUAUUGACUUUGAUGAGCCACUGAGUUUUCUUCUGCCAUCAUACAUUUGACAUUUACAUUGACAAUACAUUUUCUACACACAGUCAUGUCCUCAGAGGUUACAUUCUAUUAAUUUAGAUCAGGGCUUCCCAAAGUACCCAUAAGGGUUUGAUUUGGCCUGCCAGGCAUUUAAUUAAGGGAGCUUGGGAUCCUAGUACACUUAUUUGUGUAGUAUUACUUUUUUAGUGUAUUAGUAUUACUUAUGAAUAGGUGUUUGUUUUCUUAGGCCCUCCAAGGGAAAACGUCUUGGCUCCCAUGAUUUAGAUGAUAUCCUGACUUUUUAUCUAGUGCCACUAUUAGGUCAAUGUUUUCACCAAUCCAGGUACAUUUGUCAAUAUCUUCCAGCUGCAGUGGCACUACAUAUUGUACAAACAUUCAUGGUUCUCAGAUGAUGUAUCGUACUGUCUUGAGUGAUCCUCUGAAAAUUCCUGGAGCACCACCAUGUCUCACAAACUAUUGGAUGGAUUGCCAUGACAUUUGU